AUGCUGGCCCUCACAGGAGAAAUGCCUGUGCUCCGGGACGGGACUUUGAGGCCCUCACCCGAUCUGGCCAGGAAUGCCCUGGAAGGUGUGGGCCGGGCUGGGGUGGCCAUCUUCCAAGCAGAGGCAGGGAUGGGCUCUGGGCUGCGGGUGCCCCACCCUGGAGAUUCGGGGCCUUGGUCCAGGGGCUGCAUUCUCCUCCAGCUGCAGGCCCGGCUGCAGACCACUGAGGCCCAGCUGCGCAGAUCUGAGCUGGAGCACAGCGUGGACCUGGAGGAGGCCCUCGACCGCCUGGAGGCCUCGGAGCAGAGGAGCAGGGGCCUCUCCCAGGUGAACGCCCUCCUGCGAGGACAGCUGGAGCACUUGCGGAAGGCGAACGAGGCGCUGACGCGGGAGCUGGCCACGGUGACGGCCACGGCCACGACUCUGCAGAUGGGCCGGCAGGAGCCCAGGGGCAUCCUCCUGCUCUGGAGACAGGCCACAGCAAUCCGCACACACCUGGCCGAGCUGCGGGCAGCCACUGAGAGGGGUCUCUCAGACAUGCGGGCAGAUACCGCCAGGACUGCCCGGCGCCUGCACACAGCCUGCCUGAACCUUGACUCCAACCUGCGGCUGGCAGCCAGCAGUGCAGCCUCUGACCUGGAGCAACAGCUGCAGGAACAGGUCUGCGACACACUGCAGCUGCAGGGCCGCUGGGAGGCCGAGAAGGCGGCACUACGGGCCAGACUCUCUGAGCAGACGUUGCUGGUGGAGGAGCUCACAGAGCAGAGCAAGCAGAAGGAGAGGACCACCGCCUCUCUCAAGAUGGAUAUCCACAAGCUGGUUUGUGGCCGGGAGGAAGGAGGUGCAGCGGGUGGUGUGGCCCAGGCAGACCUCAAGUAUUCUGAGCCAACAUGGAGCAGAAGCACUGAGGGCGAGAAGGUGUGGGGACAGUGGAGGAGCCCCCCACGAGCCACAGCCCCCCACCGAGCAGCAUCCCCACCCCAGGCCCACUCUCCAGCUGGCCUGGACCCCACCCUGCAGGCCGUGCGGACAGCCAUUGAGAGGAGGCAGCAGCGAGAACAGGAGCUGUGCCAUCAGUUGGAGGCCUCCAAGAUGGCAGCAGCCAGCCUCCAGGAGCAGCUAUCUGAGUCCCAGAGGGAGCUCUGGGCCUCCCAGAAGCUGCUUCAGGACAGAACACAGGAGCGGGAGGACCUCCUAGGCCAGCUGGAGACCCAGCGGCAGGAGGCCCGGCACUGCCAGGCAUCCGCCGAACUCCUGAGAAGGGAGAAGGUGGCCCUAGAGCUGGUGGCAGAGGAGCUGAGAGCGAAGGCAGACAUCUGUGUGGCAGAGAAGCAGAGCCUGGAAGCAGCAAAUGCAGAGCUGCGCUGCAGCCUGCAGCUGCGGGAAGAACAGAGAGCGGGGCUGGCGCGGCAGGGCCCGAGCAGCCAGCGCGCCCUGGACGCCAGUCAGGGACGCCUGGAGCAGCUGGAGGAGAAGGCCUCUGGGCUGAGGAAGCAGCUGGCAAAGGCCAAGGAGGCUCUGAGCACAGCACAUCUGCAGAGGGACCUGCUGGAGAGGGAGAGAGAGAGCCUGCGUGGAGCCCUUGCCCGGGCCGAGUCCAGCAACGCUGACCUGGAGCGGCUGGUGACGCGUCUGAAGUUGGAGGGACAGGAGCAGCGGGACUCUCUGGCCAGCAUGGCCGCCCUGAUGGAGGGUCUGGCCCAGGACAAAGGCACCCUGACCCACCGAGUUCUCCAGCUGGAGCAGGAGCGGGACCAGCUCCGCCGGCAGCAGAGGGCGGCUGAGCAGGAGCUCGUGGGCAUCAGGGAGCAGCUGGUACGGAGGGAGCAGCAGCUGGAGCGAGCGGAGGCCGAGCGGAGCGGACUCCGGGAAGCCUGUGAGCACCUGGAGCAGCGGCAGGAGCAGCUGGAGGAGCAGGUGGCCCUGCUCAGGCUGGAGCGGGCCCGGGGGCAGCAGCAGGCGGACCAGGUCACACGGGAGAAACAAGCCCUGGAGGAGCAGUUGGCACAGAGGCUGCAGGAGCAGGAGGCCCAGAUGGAGGCUCUCCAGCAAGCUCUUGGAGAGAAGGACGCUCUGUCUGAGGAGAAGGCCCAGCUACUGAGCAGGCAGAAUGUCCUGGAGAGGCAGGGCCAGCUGGCGACGGAGGAGGCCGCAGAUCUCAGGGUCCAGAGGGACUGUCUGGAGAGCAGCCUCUCUGAGGCCCGCGGGCUGGCGAAGCAGCUGCGGGCCCAACAGGAGCAGCUGGAGAGAGAGGCACAGAAUGCCCAGCUGGGCUGGCAGGCCUUGCAAGUGGAGACAGAGCGGCUGAAGAAGGACUGGGAGGCCCGGGAGAUGGCGCUGCGGCAGCAGCUGGCACAGGAGGAGCAGGACACACAGCAGGCCCUGCAGACCCUGGAGUCAGCCCACCGAGACGACCUGGCCCGGCUCCAGCGGGAGAAGGAGACCCUCAGUCUAUGCCUGUCAGAAGAGAAGGAGGAGGCCGCACACCAACUGAAGCAGAAGACAGAGCUGAUGGCAAAAAGCGCAGCUGAGAAGGAGGCUCUGGAGGAGGAAAUUCAGAGCCUGAAACAGGAGCGGGACGAGAGCCUCCUCCAACUGGAGCACGAGAUGCAGCAGAAAGCAGAGGCCUUAGAGAAGGCACAGGAGAUGGUGGGGCACGAAAGGAGUCGGGACAGCCUGCCGUCUGUGCGGCACAGGCUGCGUGUGAGCAGGCAGCCAGGAGCGCAGGGCGUCACGGGUUUCACACACCCAGCUCAGGCACGCCGCCCUGCCCAGGAGCAGCGUUCCACCCUGGAGCUGGAGCAAAGCUCAGCCUCCCUCCGCCGGGCCGAGUAUCGGCUCAUGUCACCCACAAGGCAGGCGUCACAGUGUAGGAAGGACGCGCCGUGGUCGCCCAGCCCUGGGGAAGGAGGGAUCACCCCUCCCCUGGGACCUGCUCUCAUGCCCCAACCCGUGCAGGCGCUGUCCAUGAAGGAGGCGGAGAGGACGGAGCUGAGCGGCGAGCUCUCCAGAGCCGUGCGGACCCUGGAGAGGGUGCGGCAGGAGGCCCGGAGCCGGCAGGCACAAGCUGAGGCCACGGUGGGCGCCAUGGCGGAGGAGCUGAGCGCCCUGCAGGCCCAGUUGGAGGCGGCCAGCUCCACCCACCAGAGAGAGGCUGCCGCCCUGAGCCAGAGGCUCAGGGAGAUGGAGGCCGGGAGGAGCCAGGCACGCAGAGAGGUGGAAGGGCUGCGGGCCCAGCUGGACGUGGCCCAGGAAGGGCUGUCAGAGCUGCGCCGGGAGCUGCGGGGCAGUGAGCAGAGGCGGGAGAGGCUGCACAGGGAGGCCCGGGACGCCCGCCGGGCCCUGAGCGAGGCGGCCGAGGAGAAGGAUGUGCUGCAGCAGUCCAACUGCCAGCUGCGCGCCGCCGUCCGCAGAGCAGAGCAGGAGCGGGUCAGUUUGGAGCAGUGCACGCAGGAGCAGAAGCAGAGGCUCCUGGUACUAGAGGAGGCCCAGGAGGCAGCUCGCCAGGAGGCCUGCACACUGAGGGGCAGACUGCAGGAGCAGGAGCAGGCGCGGCGAGACGCCGGCCGGCAGCUGCAGGAAUGCCACCGACAGCCAGACGCCCAGCAGGGCUGGCAGGCAGGGCCGGAGCUGCAGAGGCAGGUGGAGGCCCAGGCAGCCUGUGCCGGGGCCCAGAAGGAGGUCCACGCUCUGCAGAGAAAGCUGGCCGAGGCCGAAGCCACCGGGGAGGCCUGGGCACAGCAGCUGGAGGGGAGCCUGUGUGAGAGCCGGGGGACCGAGCAGACCCUGCGGGCCAAGCUGCACAGCCUCACGGGCGGGCUGCGGCAGGCCGGUGGGCUGGCCGACAGCCUCGGGGCCCGCCUGGACAGCGCCAACUCCCGGGUCCGCGGUCUGGAGCAGGAGCUGGCUCGGGCUGAGCGUGCCAGGCAGGACGCAGAGGCGCAGCUGGUCCGGCUGUGCGUCACGCUCCGCCACAGCCUGGGACUCCAGGCCCGGAGCCGGGCGGCCUCUCCGGAGCGACCUCGCUCCCCUGCAAGAGGUCAGCCUCCUUCCACCCCGGCUUUGUCCCUAGCCUGAGCACCCCAGGCCCUCGGCUCCCCCACCAGAGCCCCCUCGCCGCUCCGGGGAUCCUCGCCCACCCCCAGAGACCAAGCGCCAGCAGACGUGGACGUGUCCUCGGUGUGGGACGCGCUGCAGGACUGGCUGCGGACGCUCCGUGAUGCCCAGCGGGAGCGGGACCACUUCCGUGACCAGGUGGCCAGCCUGAGUGGUCAGCUGACCAGGGUGGAGAGUGAGCUCCUCCAAGCUCAGAACCGAGAGGAGCAGCUGCAGAGAGCCCUGGCUGAGGCCGAAGAAGGGCAGCACCGGGCGGAGAACGCGCUGAGCAGUGCCCAGGCAGCGCAGGCCCUGCAGAAGGAGGCCCUCCGGAGGCUGGAAGCCGAGCACCUGGCAGGCACAAGGGCUGCGGGUCAGGAGAGGCGGAAGCUGCAGGAGCAGUUGGACACACUGAGGCAGGCCCUGGGAGCAAGCAGGCGGCACAGCCAGGGCCUGGCGGAAGAGGGGAAACGGCUAGAGAAACAGCUGGCCAGCCUGCAGCGCAGAUGCCAGGACGCUGAGGGGUCGCUGGAGCUCCUGCGACAGGCCCUGCGGCGGAAGCAGCGCAGCCAGGAGGUGGUGGCUGGGAGGCAGAGGACAGAAAGGUGUGCCCUGCGCGAGCAAACCACAGCCCUGCACAUGGAGCGGGCCCGGCUGCAGGGGGAGCUGGUGGCACUGCAGGCCCACCUCACUCAGAUGGAGGGGAAGCUGAAGACGGAGGGGGCCAGGGCCAUGCUGGGGGCCCAGAAGCUGGAGCAGCCCCCAGACAGCCUGCACUGGGAGCCGGCAGGAACCCUGUGGCAGAGCCGGCAGCUGCAGGCCCAGAGGGCAGAGCCGGAGCCAUCUGCCCAGCACCAGCAGGACCGGGCUGCGCAAGCCAAGAGGAAGCAGGGGGCAGAGCAGGCCGCACAGACCCUGGAGACCCAGGAGCAGGCCCACCAGCAGCCGGUGAAGGUGCUGGAGGAGCAGGUCACCAGCCUGAAGGAGCAGCUGGGCCAGGAGGUGACCCGGCAACAGACCUGUCUAGGCCUGGCCUUCGGGGCUGGGGCCGCACAGUGA